AUGAAGCUAAUUAUUAUUUUACUGCUGCUUACAAUUACUUCGACUCGUGCCAGGCAUUACCUUAAAUGUGGACCUGUUGAUGCAAAAUGUCUGCCUGCAAAUAAUGACUUGACAUGUCCACAAAUUCCAUUUUGUCCGACUGGAUUGAAACGCAAAUUGACAUCGAAAGGAUGCUGUUGUGUGCUCAGGGACUCUUUUAGAGGCAAAACAGUCGUUCCUGAAAUAAUUUCUACUGAAAAGUCAAAAAUUUCAUCAAAAACUCUCAAAAAUCUCCAAAAUUUUUACAACGAAAUUACAGACUUGAUGGAUGUUGAGUCACAAGACAUGGAAGUGGAACAGAAACAGCUGCUGAUCAAGAAACUCUCAAAAAACAUGAGCGACACAAUGAAGUCAGCAAUAAAGGAACUCGCCACACUCGUUGAUGUUGACUCGGAAAUUAUUUUUAAAUGCAUUUUUGAUGACGUCAAAAUUUUUGAAAAUAAAAAAAUUAAUUUGAUUAUUGACGCUGCAAAUGAGAUUUAUGAGAAAGGAAAUGAGCUGAUGGAGAGGAUUUCGAUGGUUAUGGAGAGGAUGGAGUACUAUUGAGAGGAACUAAGGCAUUAGUUGAUUAAGUUUCAGAGGUUUCUAGGAUACUUGGAUGCUUAAGUGGGUCAUAGUCACUAAGAAGGGUGGGG